AUGGAUCACAAAGAGACGCCUCCUCAUAGCAACAAGGUAGAACUUGUUGCCUCGACUGGGGAUAUAAUACAACGUCUUGACGAUACAGACGAUGCACUUCAAGGUUACUUCGAGACGGCUCAAUGGACUGCGGACGGCACCGCCCUUUUAACAUCGUCCUCAUCAAACCUAAUCUCGGGCUACAUCAUACCCGAAGACCUGCUCUCCCCCACAGCUAGCCGGCCCCUCGAGCUCACGCCCCAAGCCAGCAUCCAACUCCCGGAACCAAGCAAUGUCCUAGCCGGAGCGCCGUAUUUCCGCCUCGCGGAGCCCUGGACGCAGCAACUCCUCGUCUCAAGCCGAGACCAUCCCAUCCAGCUUUUCUACCUAGCCUCCCCAUCCCCAUCCCCAUCUUCAUCCCCGUCUCCAGCAUCCAGUUACCCUUUAACCCAAGCCCGCUCCGAAACCUUCCUCACCGCCACCGCCCUCGUCUGGCCCUCCCCAGGCACGCACUUCAUCGCCGGUAGCCGCAACCUCCUGGCGCGUUUCGACGUGACUCGCACGGGCGAGGAGCCCGUCCUCCGCGUCAAGACCAUCCCUUCGGAGCGGCAUAUAUCCAAAGGCGGCGGCGUCGGUAUGCGCGGUACCAUCUCCUCGCUCGCCGCCCAACCCCCCGACGCGAACUUCGCCAGCCUUGUUGCCGCUGGCACCUGGACCCGCUGGGUUGGUCUAUAUGACUUCGCACAGGCUGGCGGAUCCUGGGCCGCCACGUGGAGCGUCGCGAGCGCGGCCAACGAGGAGGCAUGCAUUGGUGGCGACGGCAUUACUCAGGCGAUUUGGAGUCCCUGCGGUCGGUACUUACUGCUCGGCGAGCGCAAGUCGACGGGCGUCCUGGUAUACGACGUACGCGUAACGGGGAAAUUACUCGGGUGGCUAGCUGGCCGCGAGGCGCUCGGUAACCAGCGUAUCAGCUGCGAUGUGUUUCCCGGACAAGGCGGGAGUGAAGAAGGGGGCUUCGAGGUUUGGUCCGGGACGACUAACGGCGCUGUUAAGAUGUGGGAAGGUGUCGGGACUCGCGAAGGUGCACACGAACCAGCUUGGAGUUGGGAUGCUGCCCGUCAGUCGACUGUGGGAAGUACAUGCGUUCAUCAAAGCGGUACUGUAGUCGCUACUUGUUCUGGAUCCUGGGAAUUUCCGGAUGACGAUGGAGAUAACGAGCCAUCCUCGCAAGACAGCAGCGAUAGCGAGGAAAGUGAGGAAAGUGAGGAAAGCGAGGAAAGCGAUGGCAGCAGCGAUAUUUCAAGGUCCGCGUCGCCUUGGAUGCGCAGACGAAAUAAAGAAAGUAGCUUGAAGAUAUGGAGUAUAUCAAAUAACUCUGAGGAAACAGGGCCUUAG